GCGCCCCGGUGCGCAUGCGCCUGGGCACGGCCGCGCGCGCCCCGCACAGCCACUGGUACCGGGUGGGAGGUGAAACAGGUCGGAGGUGGAACAGUUCGGAGAAAGCCCUCCCGGCGGACACCUGCCGGAACUAGGGGACAACACCGUCUCCUUGGAAAAGACUUUCCACAGCCCCCAAUUCCAGGAUAUUAUAGAGAGAGAAACAUCGACGUGAGAGAAACAUCAGUCGCCUCCUGUAUGGUCCCUGACUGGGGAUUGAAACCGCAACCUAGAUUUGUAAACUCCUGAAUAGUGACUUGGAUGCCUGCCUCUGAAAUUCUUGAUGAGUCAAAUUUGAAGCAACUAGUCUUUUCAAUUAAUGGAUGCCUGGAAGUUGACGUACAUACAUAUUCAGAAAUGUUUUGCCACCUGAGACCUGUGAGGAGCUUAUGUCUGAAGAAGGUAUUUCCACGCCGAUUUUCCUACGCGAGAGCUUUCUCGGGAGCUGAAGCAGUCAAUGCUCUGAGGCCAUUCUAUUUUGCGGUGCAUCCAGAUUUCUUUGGCCAGCACCCCAGGGAAAGGGAAGUCAAUGAAAAUUCUCUUCAGAGGUUAAGUGUUUAUUUAGAAAACCUCCAGAAACCAGGCUUCAGGUCUUUGAAACCAACUCAGCUCACAUUUUAUGUAAGAGAAACAGAUCAAAAUUCCUCUGAAGGCCAGGAAACCUUCAGUACUUUCGGAUUUCGAGCAGUCAAAUUUACUUUGCACACCCGAGAUCUGCUAAGCACAGUAUUAUAUAUUCUCAACUCCUGCAGUUUAUCAAUUGAACAUGUCCAAAGCUUGAAUAGCAAUGUGCAUCCCCAGCCUCUCAAAGAGGCGAAAAGGAUGCCCGACAGGCCCAUCAAAUGGGACAAGUCUUAUUACUCCUUUACUGGAUUCAAGGACCCGGACGAAGACCUUGAACAAGUCUCGAGAGUGGAAACCACCCUAACAUCCUGGUUAGAUAACAAUGGGAAACGUGCCGUUAAAAAGCUGGAGAAUAGUUUGCCACUUAGAAAAGAACUAGACCGUUUAAAAGAUGAACUGUCUCAUCAGUUGCAGCUCUCAGAUAUCAGGUGGCAGCGGAGCUGGGGCAUCGCCCAUCGCUGCAGCCAGCUGCAUAGCUUAGGCCGCUUAGCCCAGCAGAACUUGGAAACACUUAAAAACGCAAAAGGGUGCACGGUGAUAUUCACAGACCGUUCCGGGGUGAGCGCGGUGGGCCACGUGAUGCUGGGGACGAUGGACGUCCACCACCACUGGACCAAGCUUUUUGAAAGAUUACCAAGUUAUUUUGACCUUCAGAGGAGGCUGAUGCUUUUAGAAGACCAAAUAAGCUAUCUUCUAGGCGGCAUACAGGUUGUGUAUAUCGAAGAAUUACAGCCAGUGUUGACACUGGAAGAAUAUUAUUCUCUCCUUGAUGUGUUCUAUAAGCGACUAUUGAAAAAUAGAAUACCUUUCCACCCUCGAAGUCUGCGUGGUUUACAAAUGAUCCUCAACAGUGACAGAUACGCUCCAAGCUUGCACGACCUGGGGCAUUUUAACAUCCCGACCCUCUGCGACCCAGCAAACCUGCAGUGGUUCAUUCUCACCAAAGCCCAGCAGGCAAGGGAGAACCUGAAGAGGAAAGAUGAGUUGAAGGUUAUUGAAAAUGAAUUGAUACAGGCGUCAACGAGGAAGUUCUCCCUGGAGAAGUUCUAUAAGGAGCCCAGCGUGUCAAGCACCCAGAUGGUGGAUUGCUGCAAGAGACUCCUGGGCCAGACGCUGCCCCGCCUGCGGGGGAUGCACCUCUGCGUCUCCCACUUCUACUCCGUCAUGCAGGACGGCGACCUCUGCAUCCCUUGGAACUGGAAAAAUGGGGAAGCCAUCAAAUAACCCAGAAAUCUGUAUUAUUUUUUAAAAAAUAUGAAACUGUUAAAUUAAACUUAUUUAAAUCCACAAUUUGCUAUAACAGUAUUAUUUACCUACUCCAAGAACAAAAUUUCUAACUGCUGCUUUAAAAGUAGACCUUUUUUAAAAAAUUAAUUUCAGCUGGGAAACUUGUUUUUAAAGGGUUUUACUCCCAGUCUUAUAUGAUUGGCAAGACUAGGAAAAAAAGAUGUUUGGACAAAAGAAUAUAUUUGUGGUAUGUAAGUGAGGGGUUACAGAGUCACAGAUGUAUAUUUUUAUAUGAGUGAAUGUGGGUAAGUAUGUAAUCCAAUUCCACAGGGAACCUCAUAGUCACGUCUCAUGCAUGAGUACACACAUGUAUUUUGCAGCCAGCAUGGACAGCCCAUGUCCAACACAGAAGACUGACGGGUAGCAAAAACUAGAUCACCGGGUUUGCCUAACAGAGAGAAUAGAAGGAAGAAAGCAACUCAGUAGAGGUACGGCAUUGACCUUGUCAUAGCGGUCAGAGACCAGUUUGUUAAAACACCUUCAGUGACAGAGAAUUUAGUUUUCAACCCAUACAUUUUCCUUCCCAUUGGAAUAGUGUAGCUGUCGCAUGAAACAACAGACACUGAAUUUUUCAGAAUCAUUUAAUGAGGUGACUCUGUUGGCGUGAAAAAUGCUGUCCAGAAAAAUUCUUGUUUCCCAAAGAGUCCAGCAAAGUAGGGCCCAGGGCAGCACGGUUCCAGCCGUUCAGGAUUUCCCUCACCCCUCUCAACCUGUCUCCCUGUCUGGAUUGUGGUUAAACCCUCCCAGCCACCCCGGUCCCCAGCUGUGUGGGCUUCCCUGUGGUCACAGCACGGCCCGUCCCCAAGGGGCGUGGUGUGGCCUGGCCAGCGACACCUCUCCCUCUGUGACACCCUCUCUGCGGGUAUUCUCGUCGAGUAUUUUUAACCAGACCCAGAACCCCUUCAGCUUGUUUCUCAAGAGGGCAAGCUGAGUCCUAAUUUGGGAUACCAUUUUCGUGGCUCUUAGUGCUGACAAAAUGAGACAGGAGCUUCUUCCACAGUGCAUUAGAGAGGAAAAAUGUUUAAAAGCAUUCUUGAAGUAUGUUUUAAAUUAAUCUAAGACACUGGUUAUUUAAACUUUGUAUGUUCAAAAGAAACGUUGAUUUGUAAUCGCAGAGUGUGUGUGUGUGUGUGCAUAUCAUCCCUUUUAACCUGUGUGCCUAAUAGCUGUACUUCACAUUUUUUUCUGAUGUAACAAAUGUUUCCAGAGCCAGAUGAUGGGAGGGAAAAAUUCCUUAAAGGUUACAUAAGAAAAUGUAAAGGAAAAAUAUGUUUGGAUUAUGCCAUUUUCUAAAAUCAACUAAUACAGGAUCCUCAGUAAUACGUUUUGAAAUGGACUUUGUCUCAGAACUAAUUG